CAUCAUUCGGUUUUAGCCAUUUUGUUUCGACUUGCCCACUGUAAAUCAGUGCAAAUUUAUAAACAAAUAAUAGUUUAUGUAAAGAUACGUCCACAAACACGAAUUCUUCUCUAGUGUGUGAGGCCACAGCGCUGUAUUUGACCGAUAUAUUACACAUAUUACACCAGCGGGGAGAUGCCUGUGUGCUCACUAGUAAGUGAAGAUGAUUCACACAAACCCAUCCAGCUUCAUCACCAACAAUCCGUGACUCUGGGUCGAGGGCCAGAAACUAAGAUAAAAGACAAAAAGUGCUCAAGAGAACAAGUUGAAUUGAGAGCUGAUUGCAACAGGGGAUUUAUCACUGUUAAACAGUUGGGCGUCAAUCCUACAAAUGUGGACAAUGUGGUUGUGGGCAAAGGCAAUCAGGUGACCGUAAAGCCGGGCCAGAGACUUUACAUGGUCAAUCAGCAGUAUCCUUACAGAGUGAGGUUCACUGAGGACACAUCCACACCCAGAUCUGCCGCAGAGUUGAGCAAACCUUCAAAAAGAGCCCAUCGGAUGAGCUCUGAGAGGAACGCAGAGAAGAUCAAGAGCCCUGCAAACACAGCAUCAGACCAUCACAGAAUGUCAGACGAUUCGCCUCCGCCAAAAAAGAUACCGCCAUCUGGAUCUGAUAAAUCUGAAUCUGCUGGCCAUUGGAGCCAAGGGCUUAAAGUGUCAAUGCAGGACCCUAAGAUGCAGGUGUAUAAAGAUGACAGGGUUGUGGUCAUCAAGGACAAGUACCCAAAGGCGCGGUACCAUUGGCUGGUGCUGCCGUGGGACUCGAUCUCCAGUCUGAAGGCUCUGCGCUCGGAGCACGUGGAGCUACUCAAACACAUGCAGCGUGUGGGAGAUCAGAUGCUGCAGCAGUGCCCUGACGCUCACAAACUGCGCUUCCGUCUGGGAUAUCACGCCAUCCCCAGCAUGAGUCACGUCCACCUGCACGUAAUCAGCCAAGACUUUGACUCGCCGUGUUUGAAGAACAAGAAACACUGGAAUUCCUUCACUACUGACUAUUUUGUGGAGUCUCAAGAUGUCAUUGCAAUGCUGGAGCAUGAUGGGAAAGUGACAGUGAAAGAAGGCACUAGUGAAUCACUGAAGCUGCCUCUGCGCUGUCACUUGUGCCGUAAAGAGCAGCCCACGAUCCCCAAACUAAAAGAACAUCUCAAAACUCACCUGCCUUCUUAAAUCUGUAUUUAAUCUGUUAAGUCUCUCAAAUUACAAUUCAUUUGGUAAACCGCCCAUUGAAUCCUUUAGUAAAUUCAACUUGUUCUGGAUAUCUCGUUAUUGCGAUUUCAUUCAUUCAGCCUUCACUCACUUUCAUUAUGAACAUUGAUACAAUAAUGAGUCAAUAACAUUUUGCACGUCUCUUUGGUUUUAUUGAGUGUUUAAAGGUGGUAGUUAAAAGUAAAUUUUCCUUUCACUCACUCACACACACACACACAUAACUUUCACACAAAUGCACUUGAUUGAAGCUAAAGUGUAAUUUCUGCACUAAAUGAAAUUGCACAAAUAAGGUUUUGUUGAUUGCUGGGACAAACAGGCCAUCAGAGUCUUGUUUUCCUCGGAACAAACCGAUUGCAAUUUAGUUUAGUGUAUAAAUUACACACUUCAGCUUAUUGGCACGAGGGAAAUGACAAUCAUUAUUAUGCUGUUCAUUUAGAAUCUGAGAACAAAAUAUAUUUGCUUGUAACAUACUGCUGCACAAAACAAAAUCAUCAGAGAAAAUAUAAGCAGGAACUACUCUAGAAUAAUAAAAUCACACUCAAGGAAUAAUUCAACUGAUCUGAAACUGAGGAGAGGGGAUGCAAGAAUAUUGCUUACAUAGAAAACCAAUGACAGUUUGAGUCUCUGCAGACAGGAGUGUAUUUCACAUCCGUUACAAAAGAAAAUCAUAAACAAGACAAAAUACAAAAGCACCUUAAAAAAUAAAGUUGACAGUGUAUUUUUAACCAAAAUAUCUAAAAUACUAAGGCAACUAUUGCUAGUCCAUAACUUCUGUAUAAAAUUGACUACCCUAAUAAAACAAAUAAAAAUGCUGUUG